UGGAGAAGUGAGCCAGAGGGUAGAAUGAGAGAAGGAUCUGUGCUGUUAAGAUGGGUGAUAUGUACCUCUGGACUCGUCUGAGUAACCUGUUCCAGACACUGGAAAAGCUCCUCGGCCACCGUCCUUCACGCAGAGACCCAGAGGAGGUCCAACAGCUCAGGUUUACCACCACUAAGAUACUACAGUUUGUCAGCUCCCAAGAAAAAACCCACCGUGAUGCUGUGUUAAAGCACAGUGAAUACUUGGACAGUUUAGUCACAAUAUUAGAGGUGGCCGAAGAUGUGGCAGUCACACAGAAUGUUGUCUACAUACUAGCAGAACUGAUAGGAAAGACAGCUUCUGGUAAGAAAGCAGGGACUCUAGUCAGUAAUGGGGCCACCCAGGGAUUGUUUGCUGCACUCACGGGGGAGUGGAAGGAAACCCAACCAAAUGAAGAACUGUUGUUGUCAAUACACCACCUUUUAGCUAAAUUAGGACCUAAAGAUCGUAAGUUUGGAGUGAAAGCGAGAUUAAGCCAAGCCUUGCCAGUAACCUUAGGCUUACUAAGAAACCACACCAGUAGUACAAGGGUCCUCCAAGCAGUGCUGCCAGUACUCAAAUUAUACUCUAACAAUGCUGUGAAUGCUUCUUAUUUGGGGAAGAAUGGUGCUGUCAGUUACCUGUUCAGGGUGAUCACAUCAUGUGGAAAGAAACAUCUGUCCAUGUUGAAGUUGACAUUAGAUUCUCUGGUAUUACUGGUUAAGUCAAAGAGUAACUCUGCGAGAGCCAUUGGACAUGGAGGAGUCCCCAUGUUACUGAACAUGUUCUCUGAUUGGCACAGGGGAGACAGCAAAAACAGGCACAUUGCACUGCGGAAAGCUGUGCUGAAUGUACUCAAGCAUAUCACAAAUCUCAAAUCUGGUCGCCACGCAUUCAUCCAGGCAGACGGCAUCCGUAUUCUGUACAGUGCCUGUCAAGAGAGCAUCAACUGCCGUGACCUGGAGCAGGUGAUCUUCAUCUCCAGCCUCAUCAUGCGCAAGUGUUUUCCAAAGAAUCGUCUUCCAGUCGCCAGUAUCCGCAGCGUUCUCACCUGUCCCCUGCCUGAAAGCGACUUUCACAUUCCGGAGUUUAUGAUGCUCAACGAUGGUGGCGACAACGGCAGUGAAAACAGUUCACUGGAUAAUGAUGAUGACAUCAGCAGUGAUGAUGAUACUGAAGCCAGUAAAUUACAAACUGAAAUGGAGGACCCAAUCAGGAGACAUCAGUUAUUACAGGAGAUUUAUGAUGAGCUGGCUGCAGAACAGGUUCCUGAAUUUGGUGCUGAACUACCAUAUGAGAGAUCUGCUGAAGAUUUGUCCUUAUCGUAUGACAAAUUUUUCCCUGAGAUGUUUGAAUUUGAGAUUCAAGAAGAGGAGGAAGAGGACUUGACAUUAUCCAGGAACUUCUACACAAGUAGUGGUCUAAUGUCUGGACUUCCUAGACACAGCUUCUCUGAGACAGCACUGGAGGAGCUGAUACAUCAGAUGCCCCGCUCCAGUCGCCACAGCUUACAUAGUCUACGCAGAACUUCCGAACUCUGUGACUCAUUCAACAAUCUUCAAAUGGGCCAAGGGAGGGAUACAGAGAGUGGUGCUGAUGUUGCUUCCUACAGCUCUUCAUCAUCAAGACUUUUAAACAGACCGACUGCAGUUGAACCCAGGCUUACUGCCGGGGCAUCGGAUAACAGCUCAGAAGAUAGUGCUAGUGCGGUGAAUGUAAGAACUGGUGCCAGUGUGUUUAGGCUUGAUAUUUCUCCACCGAGAGCUUCCAAAUGUGGCCCCACUCUCAGGGCUAAGAGUGCCAGCAAAGGUGGCAGACAAAAGGCUUCCAAAGGAUCCAAGCAGCAGUCUCAAGGGGGUAGGAAAGGGAAGGGGAAACCCAGUGGUAAACCUAAUGCAAGAGAAGUUCUAGAGCUGGAUCUUGAAUGGAACAGCACUGCACCGUUGUCCAUUACAAGAAUGACCACCCCAAGUGAACUGAACGCGUCUGAUGAAUUCCUGGACUCUGCUGGCUCAGAGUACAUGGUAGAAGAAGGAACAGCAUUUGAUGGUCCAGAAAUCUACUCAGACAUGGCCUGCAGAACUAAGAGUGUGGGAAGGUUUAACAAACUCGCCUAUCCAGAGCUCCAUGGCUGCAAACCCGUACCUUAUGGGGAACCACUGUUUGAGAAAAAGUUUGGGAUACAGAGGCAAAAGAUAUUUGAAGAUAUAGACCGUAUGAUCAACCCAGACCAGCUGUUAGAUAAAGUUGUUUAUGACUUGGACACCAUAGUCAGACUGGCAGGCUCCAUGUACAGCACUCACUACUCCAAUCUAAAGAAUAUGGAUGAACAGAGGCUACAGAGGAGAGAAGAUAUUGGUGCUCACUUGAUGUUUAAUGCACAAUUUGAAAGUGGAAAUCUCAGGAAAGCAAUACAGGUGCGUCAGUAUGAAUAUGACCUCUUCCUGAAUCCUGAUAUCAACACAAACCACCAUCACCAGUGGUUUUAUUUUGAGAUUAGUAACAUGGAGGUGGGCAGGCAAUACAGGUUUAACAUCAGCAACUGUGAGAAACUCAACAGCCAGUUCAAUUAUGGAAUGCAGCCAGUGAUGUAUUCUGUGAAGGAAGCCCUGCAGGGCCGCCCACACUGGCUGCGUGUGGGCUCAGAGAUAUGCUACUACAAGAACCACUUCACACGCAGCUCACAGGUCACAGGGGGACAGAAAGGAAAGACGUACUACACGGCAACUUUUACCAUCACCUUCAAGCAUGAGAGAGACAUCUGCUACAUUGCAUACCACUUCCCAUACACCUAUACCAUGCUACAGACUCACUUAAUCAAAUGGGAAAACACCUACGACCAAAGCAGCAUGUACUUUAAAAACCAAGUGCUAACCGAGACCAUAUCUGGCAAUGCAGUCCCCCUGCUGACUAUUACUGCUUACCCACUCAGCAACAACAGAGAGGGAAUAGAGCAGUUUAGAAACCGCCCUUACAUCUUCCUGUCGUCCAGGGUACAUCCAGGGGAGAGCAACUCCAGCUGGGUGAUGAAAGGUACUAUUCAGUUUCUUCUGAGCAAUGCUCCUAUGGCACAAACUCUAAGAGAGAUGUACAUCUUCAAGAUUGUUCCAAUGCUGAAUCCAGAUGGUGUCAUAAAUGGAAAGUAA